GGUAAAAAUUCGAGACUAGAAAAAUUAAGACGCAAAGUUAAUUUAGACUUCCGUAAUGUGGAGAAAUGCUUGAUUUGGCUCUCAGAUUGUCGCAUCCUUCGUAGAUACGUUUUCGACAUUUUGUGAAUGUAAACAUCAAAACAAAUCUACGAAGUGUUGCUGAACUAUUACUAAUCUGAAAGUCAAAUCAAGUGGUGCAGCUAAAGAUGAUCAUAUGACUUAAUUAUUAAAUUAACCUAUAAAAGCUGAACAUCUUUAAUAACUUAUAUAAAGAAAACAAAUAAAUAAGGAAAUAAACAUUCCAAACUAUAACAUGGACAUUACAAAAACUAUUGAAUCAGAAAACACAAUGAAAGAUACUCAAGAAAAAUUGUACCCUGACAAAACAAAGUCUGAAACUAUACAACUUAGUCAUCAUGAAUUAAUAAAACUGACUAAAGUAGCAAUAGAUAAUAUUAUUGAAAGUGAUCCACUUCUUUCUGGAUUACCCUCAGAUGUCACAAUAGAAGAACUUAAAUCACAGAUUGCAGUUGCACAAGGACAAGCUAUAACCUUAUUCUUAAAUCGUGGAGAAUUACCAAAACUUGCAGUAGUGGUUCCACCACAUGACACAACAGUUCUUGAUUUAAAGAAAGCUAUAAAGCGUCAUAUGAGUUUAUCCUUAAAAAGAGAAAACAUCAAGAAGAAAAUAAGCUGGAAACACAUUUGGAAAAAAUAUCAUCUCUGUUUCGAACAUAUUAAACUUGCUAAUAACAAUGAAAAUAUUAAAACAUAUGGUAUUGCAAAUAAAGCUGAGUUGCAUUUUAUGAAGAAACGCAGAGAAAAAAAUAAACUGGUGAAAAAUUAAUAUUUGUUAUUGAUAUCCAAAUAUAGUUACAGUUAAUUCACAGAGACAUAAUUAAAAUU